GGAAUUUCGACCGUAACAAGCCUAAAAAAAUGUACACGCGCGACAGGUGAUUGUAACUACCCAUUAGAAUCAAUGCUACCAUUUGAUAAUGCUUCAACGAUUUGUUGUGCGGAUAAUGAGUGAUUUUGUGUAACGCAGAAUAGUUAUAAUCUAGAAUAGACAGGCCACAGUGGAUAUGAUCAGACUGGAAGGAUAUUGCCAAGAGUUCCCAAAUGCAAAGAUGCGACUUAUAAACGUUGAACCAAAAAGUAUUAAUGGAAACAUAAUUUUCGACCACAGCUUGGUUGUAACAAGCACCGUGACAAAUUUCACAAAGCUGAUUAUGACAGUAGACAAAAAAUGUAAAAAAUCUGAUUCGCGAGACUGUGGAAGCUGUAUGAACUUCACUCUGAGGAAUAUUGGACAUGUUAUAGAAGACAGGCAGUCUCCGUUGAGUAAAGCAAUCCGAUAUGAACCACCUUUAACUCUUCCUUUGAAACCAGGUGUAUAUAAAUACGCUGCUCAUCAAAAUAUACCAGUAUACCCCUUGAUGGAUAAAACUUCUUGUAUAAGCAAGAUGAUAGUGUUUAAUGGAGAAGAAGUAGUGUUAUGUUGUUCUAUAUAAAUAUGUGUAACUAUACUUAGGUAUUAUCUUAGCGCUAUAAUUAUAAUUGCCAGUUUUAUGUAAGUUCCAUGUAUUAUGUUGUUUUUGAGCUGGCAUGCCAGACAUUUUUUGGUGCUCUCAAAAAAGAAUUGGCCAAGUCUGUUCAAAAGACUCAAAUGGGGUUAUUUUUGUUUCAAUAGGAAACUUAAGAAAAACAUCUAUGGCUAUUGUGCUUUAUAGGUAAGACAUAAUAUAGCCGAGAUCAGAACCUUAUUUAACUGAUAUAAAAUGCAAAGGAAUCUGGAGGGGGAACAAGUGCGUUUGAGCGGUUGUCAAUUCUUUGUUUUUGCUUGAAGCUCUGCGGCCACUGGAUCGAUUUUCAAUACCGUCCUUGGAACAGAAAUAAUCUUGUUUCGAAAUUUCAUCAAAAUCCGACCAGAAUAUUCCGAGUCAUCCAAGAUCAGAGGAUAGACAGACAGAUAUACAAACCAUACUGGACAUGAAAAUGCGCAGCACCAGUCUCUCAUAUUAAUCGAUGUGCAGAUGCCCUUAUAGAUAAAUUCAAUAGGUCUAACUUGUAAUGUAAUUAUAAUCAAUAUUAUUUAUCCGACGCACAAUUUGCCAUACAUUGUUCUCUAUAAUUUGUA